UGUUAUAGCUACCCAAAUCCACAGGGGUCCCCCCUGUCUAUUUAAACCCCCUAAAUCUUCCUUCCCCUUUUUAAAACUACAUUUUAUCCCUUGGCUUGUGGGCCAACGUGCCCCCUAAUGAGUAUUAAAACACUAUCUCCUUGCAAUUAGCUCAUUCCUGACUUCGCGCUCCUGAUUGACAGAACAAGCCAAAGCAUCAGAAUUCUCCCUUUGGCAAUAAGUGCUGAUUGGGUCCUUUUUAAGAGAGCUACUUCAAACUUUUUUUUUUUUUUUUUUUAAUAUUUGCCUUCAGUGUCUUGGCUGAGAGAAGAGUUUUUUACCUCUCUGAGAUUUUUUUUUUCCUUGAGAGUAGUAGAGGAAGCAAGAGAGGAUUUACCUGGUCGGGUUGAGUUCACUUCAUUUGACUUUUUUUUUUUUAAAUUAUUGUUAUUAUUAUUAUUAAAAUAAUCAUCCUGCCUCAGAAGAAAGGAAGGUUUUGGCAACUCUGGUUAAAAAAAAAAAAAAAAAGAAAGACAACUUUUCAUCAAUGGCCUCUUUUGGAUAUUUCCUGUUUCUUUGUGGGUUGAGUCAGGCUCUGUCAAGUUACCCAAUCUGGUGGUCCUUGGCAAUUGGUCACCAGUAUUCAUCCCUGGGGACUCAGCCCAUCCUCUGCGGGAGCAUCCCAGGACUGGUCCCCAAGCAGCUGCGCUUUUGUCGGAACUAUGUGGAGAUCAUGCCCAGCGUGGCGGAAGGGGUGAAGAUUGGGAUCCAGGAGUGCCAGCACCAAUUUCGAGGCAGGAGGUGGAACUGCACAACCGUCAAUGACAGCUUAGCCAUCUUUGGGCCUGUGCUAGAUAAAGCUACCAGGGAAUCAGCCUUUGUCCAUGCCAUUGCUUCUGCUGGAGUGGCUUUCGCGGUGACCAGAUCUUGUGCUGAGGGCUCAGCCACCAUCUGCGGCUGUGACACGCGCCACAAGGGCUCUCCCGGAGAAGGCUGGAAAUGGGGGGGCUGCAGCGAGGACGUGGAGUUUGGAAGCAUGGUGUCUCGGGAGUUUGCUGAUGCCCGGGAGAACAGACCAGACGCUCGGUCAGCCAUGAACAGGCACAACAACGAAGCUGGAAGGACUUCCAUUAUUGAACUCAUGCACCUUAAGUGCAAAUGUCAUGGCCUCUCGGGCAGCUGUGAAGUGAAGACCUGCUGGUGGUCUCAGCCGGACUUCAGGGUCAUCGGUGACUACCUCAAGGACAAGUAUGAUAGCGCUUCUGAAAUGGUAGUGGAAAAACACCGGGAAUCCCGUGGCUGGGUGGAGACCCUCAGGCCCAAAUACAACUUCUUCAAGGCUCCAACUGAGAAAGACCUGGUUUACUACGAGAACUCACCAAACUUUUGUGAGCCCAACCCUGAGACAGGUUCUUUCGGGACCCGUGACAGGAUCUGUAACGUCACUUCCCACGGGAUUGAUGGUUGCGACCUUUUGUGCUGCGGCCGCGGACACAACACGAGGACUGAGAAACGGAAAGAGAAGUGCCACUGUAUCUUCCACUGGUGCUGCUACGUCCGCUGCCAGGAAUGCAUACGAGUCUACGAUGUCCACACGUGCAAAUAAAGCAGGCAAAAUCCUUCCUUGGGCUCCAAGUGGAGAAACAGAUUUGAGCCUACUUCCUCUGAGAUUGCAGACAUGAGAGAAGUCUACUUUUUUGAUAUUAAAGAAUAAAAAAAUUUUAAAAGGCUAAAACUGGUUGGAUAGAAUAGGUCUAAUGACUUCUGGGCUAUCCCAAGGUACAUCUGGCAGUCAUAAAGGUAUGCCCCAAUUAUGCCUCCUGUAGGAGACAGCGGUUUCUUUAACUAGCCGAUGAUAUAGAGCUGGAAAGAAGAGCAUCAGCAAGAGCAUGGAUUUGCUCUGCUCUCACCCACCUAAAGUGACUCUUGUGAUUAAGUGUCCUUUGAAAGACUUGCAUCUUCCUAAAAAUCUCCUCUUCCCUCAGCUAGGGAGAGGUUACGUAGGAUGACAGCACUAAGUUUUCUGAGAUCUAUCUACAUACCCAAAUGGCCAGAUUCUGUGUAUAAUAUGAGCAACAACAACAACAAAAGAAAUACAAGCAGAUAAAUUAAUGAAUUUUUUAAAAAAUGCAAAUCCUCCUUAGCUUUUUCCCUGGAACCAGGGAAGUCUACAGAUAUAUUGUAGAGCUGUAGAGCGGGCAGGCUCUUCGCAUGAACUUUUUAGCAUAGUAGCUUCUGCCAGAUUUGACAUAGGAUGCAGUGACACCUGUAGAGACGGAGGGAGAGAGAAGGAGUGGGAGAGAGAGAACUGCUGAUGGUUUCCUACAGAUGCCCUAUUGGCACACAGCUGAUGUGCACGCUACAGAAAAGGUCUGUGCCUGAUAUGUGAAGUGAAGAGAACUCAGCAUAUGCAAUGAGAAGGAGACAGUCCCAUGAUGAGAGACAUUGCUCCAGCUGUGGCUUGGUAGGUGACUCAGCCCAUGAGCCUUCCUCUGAAACACGCAGUGCAAAACGAGUCUCCUGGGGCUGAAUGCUCGCUGCUGGGAGUAGGACACCUGGCUUCUAGGCAUCCCAGCUCAUUUCAGCAAAGGAGGAAAGGGAAAAUGCCCACCCCUCCCAUCUUGUUGCAGAGCACCAUAACUAACAGUGGAAAGUGCACUUAGUCCACUCCAUCUGCUCUCCGCACCUCAUGCAGGCUUCCCCCUGGGCACUUAGCAAAACCCUUAGACUGCAAGUCUGCCAGGAAUAUGACUCUGAAGGACUGUUUGUCACCCAUUAAUUUACACGACCAUGAACCAACCCCCCCUGCAAGUUGGAACAGUUUCAGACUCUACCCAAAUUUGGAUCCACGUCUAAUUUCUACAAUCACUCCAGUCUAUAAAAGUGGCACAGACUAAAAUACACAAAAAUCCAUACUUUGAAACAGUCAAGUUGAGGCAAGUUUGGAUGCAGAGCCAAAUCUCAACUUCACAGCACAGCCCCAUCUGUGCUGUUUGCCUCUGUCUCCCCUUCUUUGCAUGCAGCUCUACUUUUGAUUUCAGAUCAGGAUUGCCAGUUUACAGAAACACAUUUUAGUUCCUCUGUGUGAAUCAGGGCUUCCGUCAGCUAUGGGGGUGUCCAGGCCUGAACCUCAGCCCAUCUCCUUCGUUAUUUACAGCAUUGUAGCUCUACUCUUUGCUUGAGUUACUCCAGAGUGAUACAGGCAUAAAUGAGUAGUGACUCAAGCACGGAGUCUUAGCCUGUCCAGCCUCUGACACGCUUGCUUCUUGUCCUCUUUGCCAUGUCCGUAUCUUUGGGUUCCCGUCUUAGGAACCCAGUAAUCCCAUUUUAGGAUAAUGUACGGACAUUUUUUGUUUCCCUUCAGUACAGGAAGGGAAAUGGGGCAUGGUAUAACUCCAGUAACCCAUAGGAGUCUUUUCAUGGGUGGCAGGGCAACAUGAUCAGAGCUGUUGGCCAGCUAACAUCUGGACACCAGUGCAGAGAAAUAAGAGUGCUCUUCUCUCCCUGUCAGCUUAUUUCCUGGAACCAAAGGAAAGAGUAUGCAAAAGAGUCAGGGAGAAAACAGAGCUUAAUCCCAUCAGCGAGAAAACAGGAGGAAAGGAUGCCUCCAAGGGUCGACUCUGAGUCACGGCGUCUCCCAGGACUACUUCUAGGCUGGUGCAGUUUAUGCAUCAUCAUUUGUCUCAGGGCUGUGCCCAAGGGUGCUAACAGGUUUUGCAUAUUGAUGGAGGCACUUCGAUCAACACUCUGCAAAACAGCUGCAAUCAAAUGAAAGAAGAGACACAGAAAGGAGGGAAGGAGAGAGGGAGAGACCAAGGGAGAAAAAGAAAGAAAUGGGGAGAAAAGCUGUAGUAUCUGUACAUGUUAGCAUUGCACCCAAUAAAUGGCCACACUCCAACUGGUAGAAAGUAGUGGAUUACUAAAAACUGAGAGGAAGAUGCACCAAUGGGUGUAUUCACAGCUAUUUUUAUAAUACAGUCUGGGGGAAGGGGAAAACCUGGUCAUUUUGGCAAAUACAGAAGGAGGCUGCUGCGGGGGAAGAUUGCCUCAGUAACCAAUAUUCAAUCACAAGCUGUCAAGAAAGAAAACACUGAAGAAAGCCACAUAUGAGGUGGAAGGCAUUGAUAAAUUGCAGAAGGCGGGAUGAGGAAAGAUAAGUCCAGUUUAUUUAAUAUGAUUCUGCGUCAGCAGUCACAACACCAGAUGUUAGAUGCAUCCCAGCAUGGACUUCUGUCAGUGACUGGUACCCCAACAGUAAGGAUGCAAAUCAUUACAGGUCAUGUUCUCUGUCAACCCAUUGACUUCAGCAGGGUCACACCCAUAACUAGUUUUACCCUAAUACUUUCAAGCAAGGUUGUUUCAAACUCCUUCUUUUAUACCAUAGCAGUGAAGAAAUGGUUUGAAGGGUUUGGCUUCCUUUCAUGCAAACUGGAUUCUGGCCCCAGCCCAUUCCACAGCUCACUAACAUCAACAAUUUCUUCUUUUGCACCAGCAUCAAUGCCAACAUCACUACCAGGUGAAGUUUUUUUGGAAGCAUAGGAAAAGAAAAAGACACAAAAAAACACAAAACAGGCAUUUGCCAAGCAAUGGCUUAUUAAAGUGAACAGAUUUUGACUGCAGUAGUGGAACUUAUUUCACCUGACUGUGUCAAAGUUAGGCAUCUAGUCUAAGCUAUUUAUCCGCUUUUUUGUGCUAAGAUCAAUGGCAAGAAACAAACAGCUCCAAAAGGUGAUUCAUCAUAGCCUAGGAUGGUAUCUUAGUUACCCUCUGGAUGUAAUUUUGUGUUUCUUCUGACCUUAGCUGAUGAGCUCAUACUAGAUGCUGAACUUUUAGAUGGGUGCACUCUGAUGAUAUGAAGUCUACCAGGAGUCAAGGAGGUGAAGCUAGAAUCUGAUCAUCAGCUGAGAUGGGCUGGAAGUUGUAUUCCUUCAAUGCUGGGGUCAGAUUUGAAGCAGCUCAGUGGUCGGGGACUUCCACCCCAUUCAAGGGAUUUUUAAUGAGACCUAUGCAUAUCUGUUGGUUUUAUUAUGUAAUUAGUCAUCUAUCAUGAUGAUAUAGUGUGGGGGGCUGAGCAACUACUACUAAAGGCAAUGAAAAACACCUCUGUGGAUUCUGUUACUCACAGCAAGUGCAUCUGAGGGUCCUAGUCCUGGAUCUGAUCUUCCUACCCAUGUGGAGGGGAGAAGGAGAUCCUGUUAGAGGUCUGGGAGCAAAGGACUCCUAAGUGCACACGUGAGUCCUGAGUUUGACUCCAUGGCUUUGGAUGAGGCACUCGGGCCAUCACUAACUAAAAAACACAAAAUCAGGAAGUAUAUGUGGAAAACUAGGGUCCCACUCCACUGCCUACUCUAGGUGUCUCACUUAAAGGUUGCAACUACAGUGGUAGCAAAGAUUAAGUUGGUGAUGAGUGAGGUGCUGUCCCUCCCUAUACAUCAUGAUUCCUACAUAAGGUAUCAUUUAGGAGGUCGUCUAAAUAAAACUCAAAGCCUUUCUCUGCCUCAGAUUCUCCAAAUCUGUGAAAAUGGUAGCACCUUUCUCAUGGAAAGGACGCAUUUAUUGCUUAGGAUUUGAUUCAAUCAUACAGGCAUCUCGUGACAUUUUAGGUGCCCUAUAAUAUCCCUUUGGAUCCAGCUGUUGCUUCAGGGACUUAGGACUCCCAGAGGUUCUGUAUCAGACAUACUAAACCUGGGCAGAUAUGUCAGAGGUUGUAGGGUAUCCAGAAUGGCACAAGAUGCCUAUAUGUAGACAGCUGAAUUGUUCACUUCAGAUCUGGAGAUGAUUUGCUGUAAAAACUUCCCCUCCAGCUCAGUUUACCUGGGUAAUGCAACAUUCUUGACUAAAAAGACACAAGAUCAUCCAUUUCCCAUAAAUGAGACCUAAUCUACUCAGCCUCCAAGACCCAUCGGUGCUCUCCCCUUGAGUCUUCACUUGCGACUAGGUUUGUCCUCAGGCAGAUGGUUUGUGUCAUAUGUCUGGCAGUACCAGGGAGAAAGGAGAUGGUAUCAUCCAGCCAAGUAACACAAAUGUAAAAAGGAAAAUAAGAAAGAAAGGAGCAUAAUUUCUUUCCUCUUACAUGCUGCUAUCCAACCUUUCCUUUAGCUGAACCGAUGAGUUUGAUGGGCCCCAUCAUUUCCACAUUCAACCCCAUUAAAGUCAGUGGAGUUAUAUGCAAGGGGUGAAUUUGGCCUCAUCUCUUUUCUUUCUAUGAAAGAAAUGGAAAGUUUAGGAGUUUGUUGUUGUUGUUUUGGUUUAGUUUUAGGAUUUGGGGUUUUUCUUUUUAAGAGAAAAGAAAAACAUGGGGAGGGAAAUGCAUAACAUUUCCUAUUACUUGAUCCCUAAUGUACCUCUUUUAACUGAGAGUAUUAUGCCAAGCACUGAGAGUCUUCUCCAAAGCAUUUUGAAGUCUCCAGAAUUGUUUCCACUCCUGGCACGGGGCUUCAUGUGCAGAAUUACAACAGUCAGGGUUUAAUCUUGAAAGGGGACCGCAGUGACAUCCACACCACAAAAUGCAGUAUGAAACAGAAAAUCCUGACCAGAAAUCCCUGUCGCUGAUAGCACCAACAACAUUAGCUCUGCAGAAAGAAGCGUUAUAGUCUUAGCCGUGCAUUGCACGACUUCUCUGUUAACCUCUGAGAGCAAUUUCUUUUGGCACACUAUCUAAAGUCCUUUUAGUGCUGCACAGUUCAUUCAGGUCUGGAUGUAGUUUUCAGCUGGAGCAUUGCAUAUUGCCACAGAUAUAUUCAUGGGGUAUAAUACCUUUGUCACAUGUAUUCAUAUGUUUGUCACGCCCCAAUCUUUCAAUUCACGUACAGGAGAACAACUUACUCAUCUUACAGCUCUGGGUCCCUUUUUUAGUUUCAAGGAGAGCUUUCAGUGCUGACAACCUGGGACUUGGUGCUCCUGGGGAUAUUCAGGUUAUGGCGUGAGCACUCUGCAGAAGCUGGGAGUUGUGAGUCCACUCCUGGCUUUUGUGCUAUGGAAAUUACUCUGGGAUUCUCUUAAUGCCUUAAUGAUAUGCUUCAGGAAUUAAAAGCAGGGGCCACCAAAAAGCACUGAGUCAAAAUGACCUGCAGACACCAGCCAUUGCACCCAUUUGAAAGUGAUAAGCAGUAAUCAGCUGCCUAGAGGAAAACGAUGCUUGGCUCUUCCAGACACCCCCAGAGCUGAGGAUGCCGAGAAGGCAACGCUCUUCAGUCGGUGGAGUAGUGAGGGAGAUGAGAGGUUCACUGAGAUCCUUCGGUUUAUAUGGCCAAGUGGCUGUUUGUGAGAGGGGCUACAGAGAGAGCGUUAGGCGAUGGUGAGAAGGUGGGCUGGGUGGGAGGAUGCCCUUUCUGCUCUGCUGAUCUGCAUUUCCCUCAUUCGCUAUCUCCCUCCAGGCUAAAUCUUUGCUCUUAUAGUAGAGACGUCUUAGUACUGGAGAACAUGUCUUCUAGAUUUCCCUUCUCUCACUGGACAGCAGUAGUCCAUCUAGCUUUUUGCUGAAUUAUUUUCUUUACAGCUUAGUCCUCCAUGCUCAUGUUUCCUGCCCUCUCUCAUAUGAUCCAGUUACUGAUCUGUGCUUUGUCACUGCUGAGCAAGGGGACGCGUCUGCUGCCUGGGGCCUUUGUUAGCCACUGCGGGGUGCACAUGUUUCCAUUUCAUUGAAAACAGAGGCUUUUUGGCCUCCAUUUUGGGAAAGGGAUGUUUAGUCCUAGUUUCUAAUACUGCCAGUGGCUGCACGGACUUGGGCAAGACAGUCUACUCCCACUUUGCUGCAGUUUCCAGAGGUGUCUUAGAUGCAUCUCCACUUUGGAGGGGGAGAUUUUCCAAAGCGCAAAUAAGAAGCCAGGCAGUGGUACCUGGGGGUGGGAUUCAGGACACAGAGUGAGACACUUAAAUGUAGGUAUCUACAUGUGAGUAUGUGCCUAAACUCCCAUACCAUCAAUGAUGAUGGGAUCCAUUUGCCUAAACGUAGUGUCCAGGGCUGAAUCAAAUUAGUGAAGAUAAGUGUUUAGAGCCAUUUGGGAUGCCCCAGGGUACCCCACCAGCUUCUAGCAGCUGCUCUGGAAGACUGUGGGUUUCCUUUAAGUCCCAUGCCAUAUCUGCCAGCCCCAUGCAGAUGCCUCAGAAACCCCAGGACAUCUCAGAUGGUACUAGACGCCUGUGCAUGAGCAACUUAGUCAAGCUGCUAGUCAAUAGGCAGUGGAGGCUAGAGAGCAAUUCAGCUGGCCAAAUGUAGGUAUCUGCUGUAGAGCAAGCUGAACCAGACUCUGGGCCCCACUGAAUUUGCUGACUAGAUCUCCAUCAGAUAUGGGAGCACAUAAUGAAAAUGGACAAGUCCCACCAUGUUCAUCCACAUAGGGAGAUCUCCUGAGGCACAACAGUCACAGGGUCUUUUCCACAUGACUUUGCCUUCUCUUCCAUCUCUCUAGACCUUGCUUUCCUUAUUCGUGUUCUGUGGAUCAAGGGAGGUCUUGAACAGCCCUGAGAGGAAGUGGAGAGUGGGGAAGGUAUGAGAAAAUGCUUUCCUCAUUUUCCUUUCUUUUUCCAAGUUUCUUCUCCUUAUUUAUUAGUAUUUAUUUAUUUCUUACCACUCACUUCUCUCCACCAAAAAGCCUGAAGGCCUGUCUGCUACAGAUGUAGGCUAGCAAGCAGCUGAGUAUCACCCGUGUUUUUGAGGGAAAGCACCAUUUUCCCAGGGCUCCUUCCCAACAUGCACUUGUCACCCACUGCUGCUACUUGGAAAGCACAAGAGGCCCAACCUUUUCCAAGGCUGACUCCCAAACCCUCCCAUGCGUGAUGAAAUCCUCCCCACUGAAACCCUGGUUCCCACUGACAUGCGUGCCUCCAGACCCAGUUACCCCAGUGCCAGACUGUCCCCGACUGAUCACAGUUCAGCUUUACAGCUCUUCUUCUCGCUGGAGCCCCACUCGAUCUAGCUGUCUUGCAGCAUCGCUUUCUGUCACUCCCAGACCGUGGCCUGCCCAAACAGGACCUCUCGUUGCUUUGGACUAUCUGACAAGCCCACCAGCAGCGUGGGAGGGAUAAAACACAGCCCCAUAACACCUUGGGAAAUCCCCCAUGAGGCAAAACAUCCUUGUCCAGCCGUCAAGGACAAGCAUCUUCUUGUGGGUGGGUUUUUCACCGCUGCCUUCCCUUCCCACAUACUGUCUGCCUGAUGACUUCACCCUGUUCAAAGCUAUGUCACUGUCUGUAACCCUUCCCCAGCCUGUCCCUGCCCUCACCCCUCCUGAAUACCCUUUUGUACAGAAUGCAUGUAUGAUACAACCUGAAAUUCCAAAGCUAUUGUACAAAGUAGGAUUGUCGCCUUUUUUUUCUCAGUAUUUUGUUAAGUCUGAUGAUUUUUUUAUGAUUAUUUAUUUUAUGAAUAAAUGUAUAUAUUAGUAAGAGUAUAUAUUUGCGGAAAUAACUCAUCGGGACAGUGUUGUUGCUCUGCUGUUGUGCUUGUGACCUCAUUGGCUUUUACCCUAUUUUCUACUGACAGCACACUAGCGAUGUCUUGUAACUGUUUUUCGUUACCAGUUAAGUUUGAUAGAUGUGUUAACUUUAUAAUGAAAAUUAAAAAAAAGCAUUAAUUUUAA